GGUAGGGAAGAAUUUCCUAAGAUGGGUCAGAGUUGCAGGGGGAGAGGGAACAAUCGCACAAAGAAGGGGGAGGGGAAGAAAAAUCACAGCCCUCAGGCUCUCAGCAUUCAAAACUCAAUUCAUAUUUUUCUAUUCUCUAGUUCUGUUCUGCCCUCUCAUCUCGUCCUCUUCUUUUAUUCUUUCUUCUUCUUUUGGUUGCUACCACUGCUGCUUCUCUUCGAUUUUUCUUCUUUUUUUUACUUGCUUGUUGGCGGAAAGAGAAAGAGGAGGCGAUGGGAGUCUACCGGUUGGGAAUCGAAGGGAGGAGAAAAGGGAGGGAUAAGAGUGAAAAAGUUUCAGUAGGCUUUUGGGAUUUUUUUUCUUGGAACCCCAGUGACAAGGAACCGACAAGGGUUUGGGACUGGGACUUGAAAGAAAGGGUUGAGUUACUAGUUCAGCUUUUCAGUUUGGGCAGCAGAGAACUUUUUUUUUUUUUUUGCUAUUCUCAGUCAUGGUAGGACCCAAACAGAGAAUGAGAAGGGAAGAAGAGAGACGGAGGGGAAGGAAUGGGGAUCCUUCGGCUCUGAUACCAAAUUGAUGGAAGGCCUUAGGGAAGAAGGGAAGAAUCACACAAAGGGGAGGGGAGGAAAUUCACAUGACCAAGCAUAACCACAAAGUUCAUCCAAAUAAUUAAUUCAUCAUUCAAUUUAUCCUCUAUGUCCAUCGAAUACAGUCAAUAUAUAAAAAAUAAAGACAUGAAAUUAGAAACUCUACUAACAUAGUAUCUAGGCCAAACUAGGAAAUAACCAUAAAAGGAAACUAAUGCAAAGAAAAUAAAUCCUAACUCCUACAUUCAACUUUGGAAAAUAAAAGGCAUGAAAUAAAAUACUAAGUGACUGCUAAUUUUAUUUCCAACCCUUAUUGGACCAAAACCCUGGGCUGGACUAGUUCUUUUUGGCUCUUAGCUUCCAAAGCCGGUCAUGCUGGUCCAACCAAGUAAGGGCGGCCGUAUCUGCAUCACUGUGCUCUAUAAACCAUAUUUGGAUGGAGUGGAAUGCCGUUCAUUCGACAUAAUUUGGAAAGCCAUCUACUUUAAUGUUAGCUCUAAGCUUGGUUCUGCCAAGCUUUGCCCCCAUUAAAGAUACCCCAUGGAACAUGCUCAUUGUUGUCUCCUGGGUUAUGCCUAUUUCCCUUCUCCUUCCCCUCAAAUGGAUGUAUCAUGCUUAGAUCCUUUUGUGUAGUAGGCUCUUGGGCCUCUCUUAUAGGAUUUUUUGUUUGUUUUGGUCUUAUUGGUCGGCUUUGCUAAGUCGGCUUUAUGAUUUCCCCUCCUCUUCUUUCCUUGUAUAUUCUUUCCUCUCUUGGUGAUGAAUUUAUUUAUUCAUUGAAAAAAAAAAGCAACGGGCAAGGAGUUCAUCGAUUGAGGCGAUGAGGGAACAACUUCGUUAUCAGAGUCUUUCAAUUCCAAAAAAACUAGAAAAUUUGUUGUGAACAUUGGUUAAAUCUUAAUGGUCCGAUGGAAGCAGGCCUUGCAGUAGGCGAGGAAUCUUCAGAGGGCUUCGGGUUUGCCACACGACUUCAAUUCUGGCGACCACAUCGGCAAGAUUUCUUUUGGCCCCAAGAAUCAUUACUAACAACAGCUAGAAGAGUAUCAUCCUUGGCUUCUGCUUCAACUAAGGCUUUGAUUAAGCCGUCAUAGUUUUUUCCUUAUGCGGUGAUGUUAACCAAAGAGGCGAGAGCUUUUGGUGAUAUCCAACUUGCCGUAUGGUGGCCGAAUGUCUUGCAGAUAGUUCGUUGGGGAGGCAGUCAUUCAUAUUCAACUUGUUGAUUGAAGGAGAAACCUUCUCCAUCCAGAAUCUUAACAGAGGAUGGAAGAAUAUGCUCAGUGGUGGCUUCAAUGUAGAUACGGGCAAACGCGAGCCUAUCCAUUAGUUCAGUCCGUUGGUGUCAAAAUAAGGGGUUUUUGAUGACUUGACCCAAUGAUACUCAGCACCUUAGGGCACCAAAAGUGGAGGGGGAGGUUGGGGAGAACAGCUCACAUAGGGAUGGUGAGAUCAAUUUUGGAGACAGAGGUGUAUUUGAUCCCAUGGGCGAAAGAAAAUGGUUUUCUUACCCAGUUUCCAGGGUCCACCUUCUGGGGCAGUGAGUUUGUCUGAUUCUUUAGAGAAGGUAAAGAUGAAGAGCUCAUUAUGUAGGAGGAUGGUAAAGAGGGUGCCAUGAAGCCUCCAUUGUUUGGACAUGGAAGCCUUAAAUGAGUUUCCCGAAACAUAUGCUUGAUGUAGAAGUUCUUGACUAUAGUAAUGUUAUUAAGUCAUGGUCAAGCAAUGUUGUUCUUAUGCUUUCCUUGUUUGGGUUUAUUUUGUUGCUUUCUUUCUAUUUUUUAGUUUUGGAUUUUUUGUCAGGAGGAGAGGAGUUGGGGAUGUGAUGGUAAUAUGCUGGAGGGACUGCUGUAGAUUUUGAGUUGUGGACUCUUCUUUUGCUGCUAAGACUUGUUUUUCCUUUCUUUAUUUGGGAUUUAAAAAGUUGAGGUUCCUUUUAGAUACAUGCAACAUAUUUGCUUUGAAAUGUAUGUCUGUGUCCAAAGGAGGGUUAAAGGGUAAAAUAUAUUUAUAUUGAUUUUUUUUUUCCUUCGUCUAGAUAGCCCCUACAAAUAUGAUUGUACGUUCAAGUCGUCGAAUCCUUUAAAUUGGGAUUUACCUAGCAAUAUCGGUGAGUGAUGAGUGGAAGAUUUUAUCUAUAAGAGUAUAAGGUGACAUGUAUUUAUUGUAACUGCUUCCCUUAUAGAAUAAUUGUUCAAUAAAAUUUAUACUUCUUUUACUUGUAGAAUAAUUGGUCUAACAUUUCCUAAAAUGGCAUACUUUAUAUAGCUUUUUGGUUAUGGAAGAACAUUUCUAUAUUAUUGGUUAGUGAAUGUCCUAGCUGAAACUAUAUUUUACUGAUUGCUUUGCCUCUUAAAUUUUUUUGAACCUUUCAGCUGUGAAUAUUAAAUGUAGAACGCUCUUCGGGUGGGGAAUUCCAAUUCCUAGUGAACUUCUAAUAUUGGAUUGCCUCCAAACACAGGCCUUACUUCUGCACCAUUAAUUGAUAAUUAAUAAUAUCCCAAUUUGUUAGUUCCAACUCAAUCUAUGCUUAAGCAAUUUGAUUACAUUAAUUGUUCUCUAUUUUCCUUUGAAUUAUAUUUUUUUUAUCAUUUUUUUCUUGGUUUUGUUUCCUCACUUUCUCAGCAGACUUUUUUCCAGGUGUAGCAGACUUUUUGUUGGAUGUGUAGGUGUGGGAAGUUUUAAAUUAUGUAGUUCUCUUAGAUGAAACUAUAGCAUAGGCAUAGGGUCAUGGAUCGGAAUAUGGGUGGAUAUUAAAAUAUGAAAAAAAUUUCUUAUUGUGUAGACUUUCGAUUUCAUAUGAUUAUUUUAGGAACUUGUGUAGCCAAUUUGUUUAAGAGAGGGAAUACCAGAAAUGAGAAAGGCUGUAUGGAAUUUGCUAAGGAAAUAUUAUUAGAAGAGGGAAAAAAAAUAAACAACAACAAUGACAAAAAAAAAAAAAAAAAAGAAGAGAAAAGUGAUAAGAAAUGAGAUUAUUGUCACUAGGACAGAAAAGUUGCUGCUUCUUAAUCCACAUCCUCCAAAAUAAUAAAUAGGGCUCUAUUGUGACUGAGUCAACAAAAUGUUAAGUACAAAGGAUUCAAAUACGAGAACAACUUUUCCAGCAUAAUGUGUAAAGGGGAUAAAAGUGGCAGGGGAUGCUAUAAAAUACUUCUGGUAAAACAUAUUAUUAUAAAACAAUAGUCCAACAAAGACACUUUUAGUUUAAACGUUAUUUUUUUGGAAGGUCCUCAAUGGGACCCAUGACCUCGCUGCUCAUGGAUAAAUGGGGGACCAAUUUACUCUGACUAUGGCUCUAUAUGUUUUUGUUCCAGGUCUAAUUUCUUAGUAGGAAAACCAUAUUGAUAUAGGUAGUUAUGUGAAUUAAAGAUCGAGUCUACACAGGAACAAUGAACAAGACCAGGCAAACACAGUGUAUUGUGGACAUUAAACCGGCCGAGACUGAGACUUAAGGCUAAAAAAGGAUUCCUGGUCUUGCCGGAAACAUAGACGGAUUGGACAGUUGGACUUGUGAGGUAUCACAUGCUAUCAGCACUACGACAGAGAUAGAAGGUAUAGCAUACUUCAAAGCAGUCAAUAUCACCUAUUCACCACCCCAAUACGCAGAUGACAGGUGAGCGGCUGAUCUCCGACAUAGUUUUCUUUCUUAUUUCUUAUAGUUUUCUUUCUUUUUUCUUUGUAAAGGGUAAUACACAGAUGCAAUCCCAAUCUGAUUCGGAUGAAACAGGUAGAAACUCUCCUCUUCCCACCAUUCCUUCUUAUCUUGAACUCCCUUUCUUACUUCACUUCUUAAUUUCAGAAAAGAAGGAAAUUUGUUCAGAUUUGAGAUCUGAGGGAAUAAUUAUCCCUGGUUAUUUACACUUAGUAACUUCUUAUUGCUUAUUAGUGAUGGACAUUAGACUUAAUUUGGUCACGGGCUGGUAUGUUCUUCCUUUUUUUUCUUAUUCUCAAUUGCUCUUCUCUUCAAAAACAAGAAAGGGUUAAUUUUUUGUUUUAUUCUGAUGGAUAGAUAAUUGCCUAAUUUGGUUUUCUAUUUUUCUUGUAGGAUGCUGAAGAAGCUAAGUUGCAAUUGACGUGACGUCCACAGUUGGUGCAGAAAAUACAGAAAGGUUUGUUAUCGAAUACUCUUAUUAUCUUCCAUCCAACAAUCAGGUUCAAACUGCAGCUAUUGCAACUCCAACAACAACUACUGAUGGUACUUCUACUCCACAGCUUCGUUUUGCAUGCAGCUGGUCAGAAUGGAGGCGAGAACCUAUAGGAGGAAUUACUCCCUGAAGAACUAAUUAGAGGUAGCUAGGCCUUGUUGCUUUUUCCAGUGCUGCUUUGCUAUAUUGUCCUAACUUCUCACCCUCUAUUGGGAGUUAAAUGAUCAAUAGAAAAAUUAGCAUUGAUGAAGAAGGAAUUGAAGAAGAAAAUAAUGCAAGCGAAAUAGAAGAAGGGUCAUCUGGAUUUGGUUAAUCUCUCCGCUCCCUUGAGCUGAAACCAUUGUAAUCUCCAUGCCAGUUCGUCAACAACAAUCUUCGCAGGUUCAAUUAAGAAAGAAUGGUUCAUCACCACCAUGAAUGGUAUAGAGGAUUUUGCAAAUUUCCAUUCUUUAUUCUUCUUUCUAUGUUUAUUUCUUUCAAUAUUUAUCAUAUCUUCUUAUCCAAAAGAUUUUUUGUCAUAUCUUUGUCAGCCUUCCUUUUUUAUUUAUUUUUUCCUAUUUACAGAUCUUAUUUUUUACCCAUUUAAAUGAAAGUAUCAACAGUCUCUCUCACACUCACUUUAUCCUCAAAAGUGUCUGGUUGUUUCUCUCUCAAGAAAUCAAUCUUAAUUUCUAGUGUGUUCUCUGCACUCAUUGUGUCCUAUCCAUCUUUUCCAACACAGCUUUUAUAUACUCAUAAGAGUAUAAGAAUGGGGAAGGUAGAAUUCAUUUUCAUUUGCUUGGUUUUCUUUCUUCAUUCAGUAGGUGCUACAAGAAGUCUCCCUAUAUCUUCUUUACUAGCAUCAACCUCAACUCCAUCUCCUUCUUCAGCUUCAAAUGGACCUCAAAGCAACGCUAACUUCAGUUAUGUUUGUGAUCCAAUUCGAUUUAAGGCCUUAGGGCUGGAUGUGUCUAAUUUUUCAUUCUGUGAUAAGUCACUUUCCUAUACUGUUAGGGUUAAGGAUUUGAUUGAUAGGAUGACACUAGCAGAGAAGGGAGGACAACUUGGAAAUUUUGCUUUUGGGGUCCCUCAGUUAGGGUUGCCUAAGUAUGAUUGGUGGUCUGAAGCUCUCCAUGGUGUCUCUAACUUUGGGGGUGGUGUUCACUUUGAUCAAACUGUUCCUUCUGCAACUAACUUCCCAGCUGUCAUUCUAUUGGCAGCAUCUUUCAAUCAGUCCCUUUGGAAGAAUGCAGGCCAGAUUGUUUCAACAGAAGCAAGAGCUAUGUACAAUUUAGGACGUGCAGGUUUGACUUAUUGGAGUCCAACUAUCAAUGUAGUAAGAGACCCUAGAUGGGGAAGAAUCACUGAAACACCAGGUGAAGAUCCUUUUGUUGUUGGUACUUAUGCUGUAAACUAUGUGAGAGGUUUGCAAGAUAUUGAAGGUGAGGAGACUCCCAAAGACUUGAAAUCUAGGCCACUCAAGGUUUCUGCAUGUUGUAAGCACUACACAGCUUAUGAUGUGGAUCAUUGGCAGGGAGUUGAUCGUAUGUCUUUUGAUGCCAAGGUUUCUGAACAAGACAUAGUGGAAACAUUUUCUCGUCCCUUUGAGAUGUGUGUUCGAGAAGGGGAUGCUAGUAGUGUCAUGUGUUCUUAUAAUCGUGUUAAUGGUAUACCCACCUGUGCCGAUCCAAAGCUUCUGAAACAGACCAUAAGAGAUGAAUGGGGUCUGAAUGGGUAUAUUGUCUCAGAUUGUGAUUCAAUUGAGACGCUGGUUGAUAAACAUAAAUGGUUAGGUUUUGGCUAUGAGGAAGCUGUUGCACAAGUGCUAAAAGCAGGACUUGAUUUGGACUGUGGAGUUUCAUACACCAAAAACCUUGAGAGUUCAACAUUGAAUGGCAAAAUUAGAGAAGCAGACAUAGACAAGGCUUUAAACAAUGUCUAUGUUGUGCUUAUGAGGCUUGGUUUCUUUGAUGGCUCCAAUCCUUCCUUGACAUCUCUUGGGAAAGAGAGUAUCUGUUCUAAUGAACAUAUAGAGUUGUCUGCUGAGGGUGCACGGGAAGGAAUUGUCUUGCUUAAGAAUCAAAACUCUACAUUGCCUUUGAACAAUUUGAAUUUCAAGAAUAUUGCAUUGAUAGGACCACAUGCAAAUGCUACAUCCGACAUGCUAGGAACCUACAUAGGUGUUCCAUGUAAGGUGACCUCUCCUUUUGUUGGUUUCUCUGCAUUUGCAAGUGUGACAUAUUCAAUGGGAUGUACUAAUGUUCAAUGCCAAAAUGAUAGCAUGAUAUAUCCAGCCAUGGAAGUUGCUAAGAAUGCAGAUGCUACCAUUAUUGUGGCUGGGUUAAAUACACAGAUUGAGAAUGAGGGUUUGGAUAGAAUGGACUUGAACCUUCCUGGUUAUCAAAAUCAGUUAAUCAAACAAGUUGCUGGAGUCUCCAAAGGUCCAGUUAUUCUUGUUAUCAUGUCUGCUGGUGGUGUUGAUAUUUCUUUUGCUAAGCAAAAUGAUUCCAAAAUAAGUUCCAUAGUUUGGGCCGGUUAUCCUGGUGAGGAAGGUGGUCGUGCCAUCGCCGAAGUUGUCUUUGGAAAAUAUAAUCCUGGAGGAAAGUUACCAAUUACAUGGCAUGAAAAUGGCUACAUUGCCAAUCUGCCCAUGACAUCCAUGCCAUUGAGGCCAGUUGAUGAAUUGGGCUACCCAGGAAGGACUUACAAGUUCUUCAAUGGCUCUACUGUGUAUCCAUUUGGUUAUGGUCUCAGCUACACCCAAUUCAACUAUAAGAUACGCACCGCUCCAAGUCCUCUCCAUAUUACAUUGAACAAGAGCCAGCAUUGCCGUCGCCUCAGCUAUGGCAAUGAUGUGGGCAGACCAUUGUGUGAAGCUGUUCUCAUUGAUGAUUUGAACUGUUCCAAGUUGGAGUUUGGUUUUGAGAUUGAAGUCCAAAAUGUAGGGAAAAUGGAUGGUAGUGAUGUUCUCAUCAUAUACUCAGUUCCUCCUGCCGGCAUUAAAGGUACUCAUUCUAAGCAAGUGAUUGGGUUCCAGAGGGUCAUUGUGCCUGCUGGCCAGAGCAAGAAUUUAAAAUUUGUGUUCAAUGCUUGCAAGAGCUUGAUGGCAGUUGAGAAGAGUAGUUACACUUUGCUUCCAUCUGGUGGGCACAUGAUCAUGGUAGGAGAUGGAUCAGCAGCUUCUUUUACUCUUCAAGUUGGUCUCCAUCCAACUGCUGUAGAAAGGAUCAAGUGAUGCUUUUAGCCUUCUAUUUUAUGUACUUCAUUUUUUUUCAAUUGAGAAAUUUCAAAUUUUCCAAUGUUUCCAUAUAGGUGUUGUUAUCAAUUUAAUGGCGAUAAAAGAUUGAGCUGUUUCAUGAAA